AACACAGUUAGUAAAAUGACACCGUAUCACCGUGGAGUUUCAAAUGAAAACCCCAAAUCAAGUUUAAUCACAUUCAAGAUGGCGACAAAUACACUAAAUUGAAUCCGACCUGGAUUUGGCUCAUUUUCACAAUUUAAAGGUCCCAUUAAAUCCUGCAGUAGUGAUCGCGGCUUUAUCUGUCCGUUUGUUUGUAGAGACGCUCCAAUGUUGCGAUCGAGACGGUAGUUUAAUGAAAACGAUAUUUUAUUAAACUCGACAAAGUAAUUACCAAGUAAAAUAAUGGCAGACACGAGCACUAGACGUAGAGUGAAGCUGUACAUGCUGAAUGAGGAAAGGCAAUGGGAUGACAGAGGCACUGGUCAUGUAUCAUCAGCUUACGUAGAGAGGUUGAAAGGAAUGUCUCUUCUUGUGCGAUCAGAAACAGAUGGGUCAAUACUCCUUGAGUCUAAAAUUCAACCUGACACAGCCUAUCAAAAACAGCAGGAAACUCUGAUAGUGUGGUCUGAAGGAGAGAAUUAUGAUCUUGCCCUUAGCUUCCAGGAGAAAGCAGGAUGUGAUGAAAUCUGGGAGAAGAUAUGUAAUGUUCAAGGAAAGGAUCCCUCUGUUGAUAUAACACAAGAUAUUAUAGAAGAAUCUGAAGACGAAAGGUUUGAAGAGAUGCCUGAAGUAGCCCACCCUAUAGAUUUACCUGUCUGUGAACUAAGUAAACUUGUAGAGAUCUCGGAGCUGUUUGGUAGUGUUCUUACAUCACCCAUCCGUAGGGAAAAACUAGCACUAGUAAUUGAACAGGACGGCUAUAUUAAAAAGUUACUAGACUUGUUUCAUAUGUGUGAGGAUUUGGAAAAUAUAGAAGGCCUUCAUCAUUUGUAUGACAUCUUCAAAAGUGUGUUCUUGUUAAACAAAAAUGCUCUAUUUGAAAUUCUGUUUCAAGAGGACACCAUAUUUGAUGUUGUAGGUGUACUUGAGUAUGACCCUUCACACCCUCUGCCAGCUAAACAUAGAGAAUAUCUACAAAAAACUGCCAAAUUCAAGGAAGUAAUUCCAUUUACAAACAAAGAACUUGUAUCUAAGAUACACCAAACUUAUAGAGUUCAAUAUAUUCAAGAUGUGAUACUUCCCACUCCAUCAGUGUUUGAGGAAAACAUGUUGUCAACCUUGACUUCAUUCAUUUUUUUCAACAAGGUGGAAAUAGUGAGCAUGGUGCAGGAGGACGAAAAAUUCUUACUGCAGUUGUUUGCUAGUAUUACUAGUGAGAAAAAAGAUGAUGAGUCCCGCAGAGAUCUUGUCUUCUUUCUUAAAGAAUUCUGCACAUUCUCACAGAAUCUUCAACCUCCAAACAGGGAUAAUUUCUUCAAGACACUAUCAGGGUUAGGCGUUUUGCCAGCAAUAGAAUUCAUACUAGGUUUAGACGACAUUAAGAUGAAGUCGGCCGCUAUUGACAUUUUCUCAUACAUUGUAGAGUUUAGUCCGUCCAUGGUCAGAGAGUUCAUCCUCAAAGAGGGUCAAAAUCAGGAAGAUGAUGACCUGUUAAUAAACCUAGUCAUAGAACAAAUGAUAAAUGAUCCAGAUACAGAGUUGGGAGGUGCUGUACAAUUGAUGGGAAUAAUCAGGUUGUUAAUUGAUCCAGAAAAUAUGCUGGCAACCACUAUGAAAACAGAGAAGACAGAAUUUUUAAGUUUUUUCUACAAGCAUAGUAUGCAUGUUUUGACGGCUCCACUGUUUGCAGUAACUGCAGAGGAGAAACCUAGCAAAGAUGAUUUUCAGACAGCGCAGUUGUUAAGUUUGAUUCUCGAGUUGUUGUCAUUCUGUGUUGAACAUCACACAUAUCAUAUAAAAAAUUACAUCAUCAGUAAAGAUCUUCUACGCAGAGUUCUUGUCCUUCUCAGGUCACGUCAUGCAUUUCUCCUGCUUUGUGCCUUAAGGUUCAUGAGAAAGAUAAUUGGUAUGAAAGAAGACUUUUAUAAUCGCUAUAUCAUCAAAGGCAACUUGUUCAAACCUGUUGUGGAAGCAUUUAAAUGUAAUGGCAAUAAAUAUAAUCUCCUCAACUCUGCCAUGAUAGAACUGUUUGAGUUCAUUAGAUUAGAGGACAUUAAAAACUUGUGUACCCAUAUUGUGGAAAGCCAUAUAAAAGAUCUGGAACAUGUUGAUUAUGUAAAUACAUUUGAGUCUCUCAAAACCCAUUACGAGCAACUUCAGGACAAAUUGAAAGAUAAGACGGGCUUUGAGGGGUAUGUCAUUAACACUGCUUUGUCAUUGCGGAACAAUCGUUUCCGACGUGACCAGCGAGCGCUAGAAGAAGAGGAAGAGAUGUGGUUUGAUCAGGAAGAUGAUGUAGAUGAUGGAGAGAAUAUAGUGCCAAUGUCUGAUAUGCUCAAGAGUAAACUUGAUGAUUUUGAUCAAAUUGACAAAUUUAUUGGGAACAGAAGAGACAAGGUCCAAAAUGAUAUGAAAGAAACACCAACAAGGAUAAUCAAUAAGUCUGCGUCUCCGAUCAACAUAACAUUAAAAUCAAGUCCUUUAACCAGCCCACAAACAUCACCAGAACGACCAAACAGUCCGAACAGUCCAGGGUCACCAGGACGUACUGGCUCUGCUUGUCCCACACCAGCAGGCUCGCCGGCUACUCCAAUACGUGAUGAUAAAGUUAAUAAUACACUGCAGGGGAAAAGGCCUGGAAUAAUAGGCCUGGUAGAUUAUCCUGAAGAUGAUUCAGACGAAGAAGAGGAAGAUUCUUCUGAUGCAGCUCUCGGACCUUCGCCAAAACGUCAACGGUUAGCAACUUAAUGACACAAAGCCCUUAGAUAUACUUACAGCAGGGACCUAAGUAGAAUAGCCCACCUACAAAACUGUGCUGGCCAAGACAUUUGUUGUAUAAUUAUUUAUAUUUUUGUUGUGUGGUGCCAGUGAAGUGCUUGAUGCAAAAUUUCUCUACAUAGGAAAGUUUUUAUAUCUUUCUGAGGAAUAGAAAUGAUCAAGCGAGGUGGAUAGAUAGGGAAGGGCUGGCCCAAGUCUCCUCUGUCAUCUAUGAUAUGGUGGUAAGAUCUGGGAAGACAAUUCCUUACAUCGAAAUGCUGCCCUUGAAGAAAGGUUGGACAUGAAACAACCAAAGGAUAUUUUAUUUUUAGAUAAAGUCAUAAUAUGGCAAUGUGUGAGUUUCGUAUGAGUUUCGUAUGGAACAUUUUGAGGAUCUUGUGAGUUAAUUUUGUUAACAGAAAUUCGAUACUGGUAAAUAAAUAUAUAAUGUAUAAAAUUUUGUUUCCUUUUACAUAAUAAAACAAUGUAAAUUGUUAAUAAGACCAAUACUACUUUUUAUGACUGUGAUACGUCUUUUUAUUUUCUAAACAAUGAAGACUUACCUCUAUAUCUGAAUGAAGAUGAAACAAUUCUGUAACUGAUUACAACUGAAUUGUGAAUAUGACUGUGUACCCAGAUAUGUUGUAAUUUGAUAACAUAUUUCAGGUUGAAUAAAUACAUGUUUAAAAUUUAUGCCAGAUGCAAUCCUUGUCAAUAUUCAUGAGUUUUAUAUUUUUAAAAUGCGGUCUUGAUCUAAGAAAACAUGAGCAGUUAUGUUUGCAAUCUUCAGUAGUUGUACAGAAUUAUUUUUUUUAGCUUGGUUCAAAUAGAAGAUAUUCAUUGAAAAUAUUUUUUUUAGCUUGGUUCAAAUAGAAGAUAUUUAUUGAAAAACUUAUACUCUGGAAUUUUUUUUUAUUGAAGGUUGGAAGUUUUAUUAUUUUCAAGAGAGUCAAGUAUUAUAAAUUUUGAAAAUGGGAACCCUUGCAUUGUUUUUUUUUAUUUAAUGAUCAAAUGAAUAAAAUCUCUCUGUAUAUGCAUUUGAAAAUUAAAACAUUUUAUAUUUUACAUACUUGUAGCUUGCAUAGUGUUGUAAAAUAUGGAACAUGUUUGUUUAGUAUAAGACAUAUAUGUGCCAUUCUAUGUAACAUUAUCAUGUGUCUAAUGUGUAUAAAUUUUUCUUUAGUGUUAGAAAUAUGUUCGCCAGAUACAAAAAAAUAAGCAACAACUUUUUGUAUAAAUUUUAUUAUAUAUACAUAUAUUACAGUUGAAUAUACGGAUAUGCGAGUUCAGAACUGAAGAUCUCAAUGUAACAUAUUUCACCUUACAUUUAACAUUAUUUUAUUGGGAAAAAAAUCAUUUACUAUAUGUAGAAUCUAAAGUAGAAUUAUUCGUGUUUUUUUUAAAAGAAUUAUUUGUCUUCUUCAAAUCAUACUUGUCUCUUUCAUGUCUUGUGAACCUAGGCAACAUUGUAAAUGGUCAUUCAUUAAGAGAGUCAAAUUGUUGUGUGUGAUAGUACAUGUUUAUAUAAUCAUUAAUCAAAAUAUAUUAUGUCACAGUUUGUUUUCUGAUGCGGAUCAUGUUGUGACAAUAAGGUUCAUCAUUUACUAUGUGACUGAUGAUUUUUACUCAAAAGCAGCAAUUGUGUGGGAUUUUUUUACAUAGUGAAAUAAACUUACAAAAAAAUAUAUUUAAACAUGUCACAGUAUCUUUUUUAUUUUGUGAAUUGAACCUUUUUUUGUCUUGUCAAGUUCAAAGUAGAUAAAAAAACAUUUUAAGAGUUUUUAUCUUCUUAUUUUGACAGAGGAAUAAUGGUCCUUGAGUAGUCUUUGAUGUAAGAUGGUAUGGUUUCAUAAGUAAAGUGAAUGUUAGCCUUUUUUGUUCAUAGGGAAACAAAAAGUUUUGUUUUCUAAGAUGUUUUUAUUCUAUAUUUUUGAAAGAAAAUUACGUCUAAGCAUGUCUGUAAUGCAAUAUUUAUUGUUUCUACUGCCAAUGCAAAUUAAAGUAUUGUUUUUUGGGUUUCUUUUAUUUUUUUGUUAGCUAGGUACAGUACAUUUUGUUGACAUAAUUGGCCAGUAAACAACCUUGAUAAUAUGUUGCCAAAGUUGAUAUAUCAUAUUAUCAAAGAAUAGGGCCAUACCUAAUUCAUAGAUUAAAUAGUUUAGUCAUUUACACUUGCAAAUCUGUGACCAUAAUGACAUUGUUAUAAUAAUGUUAGAUUUUGCAAGUUCAGCAAAGACUUAUAUAUGUCCCAAAAAUGCCAUACGUUUUAUUUUUAUGAAAUAACUGAUCAAAAUAUAUGAUAAUGGACUAUUAGGAACUUUUUUGUUUGAUAUUUGAACAUGAAAGUAUUGAUAGGUUUUAUAGAUGCUACAACAUAUUUUAAACAUGAAAGAGGAAUUUGUAUGUUUUGUGCCCUAGAAAAUGUGGUCAUUUUUUGUUGAUAACUCUUCACCAAAGAUCAUAUAUAAGUGCUAAAAUUGUUUUCCAUACACUGUUUUUUUUUCCCAUUGUACCUUCUGGUACAGCUUUUAUUUAAAACCUUACAUUUAUUUUUGUUUUCGUGUGUUGUCUGUAAUGCGGAUGGGAAUGUUUUGCAUCUGAAAUGUACUGAAUGAACUUUGAGGCAUAUUAUUAUUAUUAAUUAAUUAAUACACAUUUUCUUUGUUUGUUUUAUUUCUAUACAAUUAUAUAUUUUAUUCUUUAUGAACACAUUCACAGACUAUCUUACAGUGAUGACUUGUAAUGUAAUAGAGCAUUUCCUCUUAGUAUACAUACCCUAUAUAAUUUCAGUGCUGUUCAGUUGGUCAUGGGGCCAUCCAUAGUGGUAUGGCAGUUAAUGGCAGCUGAAGAAUACUGAAAUAUUAACUAGUACUUAAGAGGAAAUGCAAUAUUAUGGUUAUAGGCCUCUUACUUUGAAUAUAACAAUCAGUAUUUCCACAAGAAGCAAUUUAUGUAAAGAAUCUGUCUCAUUAAUGGAAAUACAUGAAAGAAGUAAAUUUUAGGACAUAGAAUUCCAUAAGUCUUGAAAUAGAUGUUCAAAGAUAAUUGGUGACAUGUUUUCUGGCAUACUCUAGUAAAAGCUUGUCUGGUAAUCUGAACAUUGAUUCCGAACAACAGUUUACAUGUAUUUAUUUACCCUAAGUAAUUAUAAGCAUUGGUUACCCUUUAAAAUCUAUUUGUUAAAUUACCCCUGUGUGUUGCUUUGUGUUAUUUAUUUAAUCAGGAUGUUUUAUUACUCUUGAGUGCUAAAGUUGGUGAUGAAAAUUAUUGGUCACAUGAAAUAGUAUAAAGCCCUGGUUAGAUUGUACUUGUGUACAUUCUAACCUGUAAGCUGUAUUGUGUUAUAUUUCAACUCUGAAAUGGACAGUUCUUCAUAUGAGGAAGUGUGUCAACACAAAUCCAACUGGGGGAAAUGGUUAUGAAAAUAUAUGUCACAUGGUAGAGAACUAAUUAGUUGACUACUCUCACUUGUGUAUGUGUUUGUGUGUUAAUGGGAGAAGUGUUUUUUUUUUCAUACAUCCAUCAUCCUCAUUGUAAAUUUCUCAUUCAUAAGAUUAUCAUGUAAGAAAAUUUUAACUCCUGUAUAUUUGAUGAAUUCAUUAUUUUUUUGAGGAAAUAAAAAAAACGUAGAUGAAGUGAUAUUAUUUGUAUAUGAUUGACGAUAUAUAUGUAAUUGAUGUCAUACUUCUUCCUUAGAGUAGUUACGUGUGAAGUCUUUAAGCAUCAGUGACAGAAAAUGUUUUACCUGCAACAUCAACAUUGAACCAGGCUGGCCUUCUAUAAAUUAUUUGCUGCUCAGAGAUCUCUAAACCAGUUAAAUUUACAACAGACAGGUCAAAGCUCAGUUCAGAGUUAAACAAGUUCUUGAUGAAUAAAAUCACUUGGAAAAAUGUUUUUAUGCAAGUAGAAAUUUUAAUGUUUUAAGCAAGUGUUAAAGGGACAUUUAAAUCAUUUAUACUAAAGCCUUAAGCUGCCCGAUAAAUUUCAAAAGAAAUUUGUUUGAUUGAUGGCAGAUUCCAUUAUAUUAAGUGGGUAAGAACUACAAGUUUUAGUCUUGUAUUUAGUCAACCGUUAGGAACAUGAAUUUUCAUAAGAUUCCUAUAUGAUAAGACAAGCUGGAUUGAAAGAGUAAGUGUUUUCGUGAAGUAAAUUUAAUUUCUGUAAAGUGUCAUUCACUGAAAUAUUCUUAAAGGUUACUAAGAAAAAAAAACCAUUUUGUUAAAACAGAGUUUUGUCAUUUCUGGUCUUGUUCUUUAUUAUGAUCUCCCUUCUUGUAUACUAACAAAUCAAUCUUUUGUUGUUUUACUAAGGCUAAAUUUAAGGAGGUACAUUUGUUGUUCUUUCUACAAGCAAAGCAAGCUUAUUUUGUGGUAAUUGUAAAAACUGUGGAACAAAUCAAAGACUGUGUCAAAUAAGUGGGCUGGUCCCAACAAAAAUGUAUUGGAAUAGGCUAAUUCAGUGUUUGCGUGUAGCAUUUUCAUCUCUCAGCAUUUCAGUGUUGUCCAUAAGUAAAUAAGCUGUGUUCUGAAAGAAAACCGUUGUCGAGUGGAAUAGUUCCAAAUGAAACUCUUGUGAACUUGUAUCAUUUUUGACAUUUUUUUGUCUUACAAUUAAAAAUUUGAGGAUUCUGUAAAAAAAAAAGAGAUCAGUUUACAUGUUUAUUAUUCACACUGAGGAAGGAAUGGGUCUUUUUUUUAACUUGAAAGAUACUAAUAUUUUAAACAUUUAAACAAACUUUUUAAAUUGUUGCAAUAACAACUAGAUAACUUACAAGAAUCUUACGAAGAUAGCACCAGACUUACCAGUUGUUGCCUCAACACUAAACUAUUGAAAACUGCUUCUUCGUUUAUAUGCAGUUGUAUUUGUUUCAUGUCAAGGUGACUAUGUGGCACUGUGGGUAGAAAAAGAGAUUGCAAUUUCUUCCAUGAAUCUGAUGAUUCUUGGGUAAGAGGUAGAUCGAGUUGUUGUCAGGAAUUGAAAUCACUGUUUCAUUUUUACUGUACCUGAAUAUAGGUUCUGUUAAUUUGUCAAAUCAAAUUUUAUACUUUUCUCUAUUGUAUAUAGCAGUUGGUCAGUUCUACUCUAUUUUGUUGUCAAUCGUAGAUCUGACUGGCUUUAGGACAUACAACUUUAUCAUGUACAAAUAAUCAUUAACAAAUCUAAAUUAAAAAAAAUAUGAAAUGUGAAAA